AUGUAUAACCAAUGGCGCGUUGAGGAUUUGAAAUGCGUUGCAUUCUCGUACGUUCCUGUCCCUCACAAGAUUACUAAUCUCUUUACCCGCAAUAGUUUCAUCAGCAAUCGCGACAACCUUCUCGACUCACCCGGUGCUGGCUCCACUGGAGCUACGCUGCCACCCGUGUAUCGUGUAGAUGAAAGCACGACCAGUAAAUUAAACUCUCCACAGAUUGCAAACUAUUGGAAACCGCACCUACUUUGGAUACAGGGAAAGUAA